AUUUAUCAUACAGUUUUUUUAUUAAAAAAAAGAAACGUGUAAUUGUGUUUAAGCGUUAAAAUUAUAUGAAAAGUGUUGUGGAAAUGAAAGAUUCAAUGACCAUAUUACAGCCUUCCUUAACGACAAGUGACCAUCAAAAAAUGUCCAAUAUGAAACCGAAUCGUUCACGUUUUAUGAUUAAUGACAUUUUAGCGGGUAGUGCAGCGGCCGCUGCUGCUGUCGAGGCGGCCAAUGCAGCAGCCGCUUUUUAUAAACAACAACAGCAGCAGCAACAAAACAUUAAUAAUAACAACAACAACAAUAAUAAUGAAGAUCAAUCACCUUCAAAUUCUCCACAACAUCAACAUUCCCAACAGCAACAUUUACAACAUGCCCAGCAGCAACAGCAAUAUCAACACCACCAUCAUCAACUGCAACAACUUCAGCAACAACAUCUCCAGCAACAUCCCACACAUGCACAUCAUCCUGCCUUAGGACAAACUACUAUACCUUUAGGCCAUCCGGCCCACCCUUUGGCCCAUCAUCAUCAGAAUGGUUCAUCAGGAUUGCCGCAUACACCUGCCCCUCAUAAAAUGCAUUUUCCCGUCGGCGCCACACAGAUGGGUUCGAAUGGUCUGAAUGUGGCUCAAUAUGCUGCGGCCAUGCAACAACAUUAUGCCAAUGCGGCCAAUGCUGCGGCAGCAGCACGUGCUGCGGCUGUGGAACGCAAUCAUGGUGUGGAUUUGGAUGACAGCAGUGAUUAUCAGGACAAUGAUGAUUGUGACAGUGACAAUGGCAGUGGCGGCGGAGGUGGUGGUGGUCAUAUGGAUGAUAACAGCGUCUGUAGUAAUGGUGGCAAAGAUGAAGAUGGUAAUAGCAUUAAGAGCGGCUCCACCAAUGACAUGAGCGGCUUGAGUAAAAAGCAACGUAAAGCACGCACUGCCUUUACCGAUCAUCAGCUGCAAACUUUGGAGAAAUCAUUUGAGCGCCAAAAAUACUUGAGUGUCCAGGAGCGUCAAGAAUUGGCUCACAAAUUGGAUUUGAGUGAUUGUCAAGUUAAGACUUGGUAUCAAAAUAGAAGAACAAAAUGGAAACGUCAAACUGCUGUCGGUCUAGAACUCUUAGCUGAAGCUGGUAACUUUGCUGCCUUCCAACGUCUAUAUGGUGGUUCGCCCUACAUAGGUGCUUGGCCCUAUCCCGGAGCCCAACCUGGACAUGGUGGUCCUCCUGCUUCCUCAAUUGAUUUGUAUUACAGGCAGGCUGCUGCAGCAGCAGCCAUGCAAAAACCUUUACCCUACAGUCUCUAUGCGGGAGUGCCAAAUAUGACACAUUUAGCUGGUCUACCAGUAGCGGCCGCUGCAGCACCUUUCUCACAUCUAACCGCUUCUAGUUCGCUGUCCUCCCUCAGCAGCUACUAUCAAACAGCCACGGGGGCCCAAGUUCAAGCUACAUCCCCUACAGCAGCCAAUGGACCCUCAGCCACAUCACCUCUGGGUGUCAUUAAACCCAUAGCAACCACACCCUCACCCACCCCGCUGGCGGAGUCUUCACCCAUACAACGUCCCAACACCAGAUCCCCCAGUCCUACUCUAAAUCCGGGCAGCCCACCCGGACGUUCAGUAGAUAGUUCAUCACAAGCCCAGUCAGAUGAUGAAGAUCACAUACAAGUUUGAAAUUAAUUACAACAAUAAACCAAUUAAUUA